UGUACGCGAUUGCUCCUGUACUCCUUGUCGUGGUUGGUAAUUUCCUCUUCUAGAAGAAAUGUGAUUCUCAAUCGUCUCAGUUCUUGUUUUGGGCGCUUGUGAGGUUGUACAUCGCUGAACCUCUUCCUUGAUUUCGACAAUGUUGAUAAGCUCUUUUCUGAGCUGAGCGCAAUUCCAACGAGAUUCUGCCCCUCGCUCUUUCUCUACUAGUUUAGAGACAAUAGAGCGGGGCAACUUGGACUUGAUGGCUGUCGAUAUAAAUGGAGAUUGAUCGACAAUAUUGAAAGCUUCCAACUGACGGCAAAUUCGUUCAAUCGAAUCUACGAAAGAUCGAAUUGAAUGGCAGGACUCAUUUGGCGGGCUCAGAUUCAUGAGCUCCGACUCUAGUGAUUCAGUGAUGGCUCGAUUAUCGCCAUAUCGUGAUUUGAGCAAAUCCAAUGCUCUCGUGUAAUUCUCGUUGGAUAAAAUGAAUCCCGCAACUAAAUCUUUAGCGGGACCUUGGAGGAGGGUGAGUAAAUAACUCAUUUUCCUAACAUUGUCCAUUUGGCGUUGGUCGAUGUUGAUUGAAAAUAAUUGCCAGAAAGCUGGCCAUUUCUUCGGAUCUCCAUUGAAUGGCUCCAUUUUGAGCUCUGGUAAACGUGUGUCUGGUAAUAAAGGAGUGUCCUUGACCUUGUUUUCUCCAAUGCUUUGUUCUUCUUGAGUUCGACUUUGAAUGCGUUGUGACUCUCGUGUUCGUUCACUACGCUCACUAGCCUCUGUAAUUCUUUCCUCCAUUUCCAAAAGGAGGAAGUCUAACUCGCCUAUAAUUCCUCGGGCCUGUUCUGCGAAGUCCAUGAAAUGGACCCACACUUGUCCUUCCUGUACAUUAGGAGGAAACGUAUUGUACAGCUGCUCCUCAGCUUCCAAAUCUCCUCCAUCCAGGAGAUCAAUAAAUCCUGUCCACUCGUGAUCGAGAGUUUCUAUUCGCUCAAGUGUGCGAAUCAACUGAUGUCUUUCAGCCCGGAGGCGUGCCGGGUUUUGUGCUUCUUGUUCAUUACCCAAAAGGGUGGUUGCCGCGAUAAUAUGAUCCUUGAGGGCUCUCAGAGCUAGCCCAAUUUUCCUUCGAAUAUGUCCUGAAGAUGGCAUUGUGAUA